CGCCGACGUCGGAAGUGCUCCGAAGGCCACGCUCUGGGAACGCACGUGGGCAGAGUCGCUGGGCACUGUGGUGGAGGGUCAUGUCCUCCCAGAGGAGGCCACACAGGCUGAGACCUGGCGUUGGAGAGGAGCCGCUCAGCGAUGUGGGGUGGCUGCCCCACUCCUGGCAGGGACUCGCCCGCGAGGAGACCAGUGGCCCCGGAGGAGGAAGCCAGGAGGGGAGCCAGCCCAGAGCACGCAGGCUCUGAGGUCCAUGGAGAAUUUGUGGGUCUUGGUCCUGAGAGCCAUGAGCCAGGACCGAGGGAGGUCCUGGGAGAGGGGCGAGAGGAAGUGGCCGCGGCUGGGGUCCCAGAGGCGUGGACAGACAGGCUGAGGCCACACUGCAGCAUCCAGCACGUGUACGGCGCCCAGCACCCCCCUUUUGAUCCACUGUUACACGGCACCUUGCUCAAGGCCACGCCCAAGGUGCCCACCACGCCCGUGAAGGCCAAGAGAGUCAGCACCUUCCAGGAGUUUGAGAGCAACACCAGCGACGCCUGGGAUGCGGGCGAAGACGACGACGAGCUCCUGGCCAUGGCGGCGGAGCGCCUCAACUCCGAGGUGGUCAUGGAGACGGCCCACCGCGUCCUGCGCGACCACAGCCAGCGUCACGUGUGGUUUGAGCCUGUGACGUCCGACCCCGGGACCCUCAGCAGCUCGGCACUGAGUGAGAGAGAGGCCUCCCGGCUCGACAAGUUCAAGCAGCUCCUGGCCGGCCCCAACACGGACCUGGAGGAGCUGCGGAGGCUCAGCUGGUCCGGGAUCCCGAAGCCGGUGCGUCCCAUCACGUGGAAGCUCCUCUCAGGCUACCUUCCUGCCAAUGCGGAGCGCAGAGCCGCCACGCUGCAGAGGAAGCGGGAGGAGUACUUCGCCUUCGUGGAGCACUACUACGACUCGCGGAACGACGAGGGCCACCAGGACACCUACAGGCAGAUCCACAUCGACAUCCCACGGAUGAGUCCCGAGGCGCUGACGCUGCAGCCCGCAGUGACGGAGAUUUUCGAGAGGAUCCUGUUCAUAUGGGCUAUUCGUCACCCCGCCAGCGGCUACGUCCAGGGCAUCAAUGACCUGGUCACCCCUUUCUUCGUGGUCUUCAUCUGCGAGCACACGGAGGAGGAGGACGUGGACAUCGCCGACGUGUCCCGCGUGCCUGCGGACGUGCUGCGCAACGUGGAGGCCGACACGUACUGGUGCAUGAGCCGGCUGCUGGACGGCAUCCAGGACAACUACACCUUCGCGCAGCCCGGGAUCCAGAUGAAAGUGAGGAUGCUGGAGGAGCUCGUGGGCCGCAUCGAUGAGCAAGUGCACCAGCACCUGGAGCAGCAUGAGGUGCGGUACCUGCAGUUCGCCUUCCGCUGGAUGAACAACCUGCUGAUGAGGGAGGUGCCCCUGCGCUGCACCAUCCGCCUGUGGGACACCUACCAGGAGCUGCUGCUGUUCCUGCAGAACCUGCCCACGGCCCGCUGGGGCGACGAGGAGGUCAGCCUGCUGCUGGCCGAGGCCUACCGCCUGAAGUUCGCCUUCGCCGACGCCCCCAAUCACUACAAGAAGUGAG